UAGGUUCCAAACAGAGCCUGAGUUCUCUCUCCCGUCUUCUUUUCUCUUGUGCGAACUCUCGCGUACCAAGGAGGCUGUAACUGUAACCCUCCUCCUAAACUCUCAAAUCAUUUUCUUCUCAAUCAUCAGAAUCACAUACAUUAAUCAUACCUACCCCAUUAUCCAUACACACACACAGUAUUAGUAUUUUAUUACCAAAACAGUUCCCAUCUUCUCAUCAUAUCUCCACACUUCCCCAUGUCCAAAUCCUGGGGAAAAAUCGGCGCAUGGGCAGCCGAUGCGGAGGCCGAGGAGGCGGCGCAACAGGCCGCCGCCGCCGCGGCAGGACCCAGCUUUCCGAGCCUGAAAGAAGCAACCUCCAGCAAGCAGCCCAAGAAGAAGAAAAUGAGCUUACAGGAGUUCACCAUGCAGCAACAGGUACAACAACAGACCUCUACUGUCCGGCCAACAGCUUCCUCCACCGGUCUGACCCCGGCUGAGCUCCUCCACCUCCCGACCGGUCCUUCGAACUUGUCCGCUGAGGAAAAAACGGACUAUAGGCAACGCCUCGGCGGAGGGUUCUCGAACUACUAUGGCCGUGAUCGAGAACCCUCCGCCGAUAGGGACGCCCCUCGUAGAUCAUCCUACGGUGGAUUUCAAGACGAUCGUUGUGGGGCUCGACCGUCUUCUAGGGUUUCGGAUUUCGACCAGCCGUCGAGGGCGGACGAGGUCGAUAAUUGGGCGAUGGAGAAGAAAACCCUACCGUCUAGUAAUAAUCGGUACAGUUUGCUUGGUGGCGGUGUUGGUGGGGGUAUGUCUAGGGCUGACGAGGUGGACAAUUGGGCAGUUGGGAAGAAGCCUGUGAAUCCGGUCAGGUCUUCGAAUUUCGGUUCAUCUUUUCGCGAACCUGACCGGUGGGUUAGGGGAGUAGGGUUUGGAGAGGGGAAUAUCAAACCGGAUCGGUGGGGUAGGGGAGUAGGGUUUGGAGAGGCGAAUGUCGAACGUGAUCAACGUUUGCGUCCGAAAUUGGCAUUGGAUCCGCCACGUGGAGGGUCAGGUGCAGUGGUUGAGGUGGUUAAAAGUAAUAGGCCAAAUCCGUUUGGGGAAGCACGGCCUAGGGAGGAGGUUUUGACGGAGAAGGGGUUGGAUUGGAAGAAACUGGACUUGGAAAUGGAGGGGAGGAGGUCGAGCAGGCCGGCAAGUGAGCAGUCCAGUAGGCCAUCGAGUGGUCAGUCGAGUAGGUCAGAGAGCUUGGGGGGGUUGUCUAGGCCGAAGGUGAAUCCUUUUGGGGAUGCAAAGCCUAGGGAAGUAUUGCUUGAACAGAAGGGUAGGGAUUGGAGGAAAAUCGAUUUGGAAUUGGAACAUCGUGGUGUUGAUAGGCCUGAGAUAGAGGCAGAGAAGAACCUGAAAGAAGAAAUAGACCUUCUAAAGAAGGAGCUCGAGAAAGAAUUUGUUUCACAUCCCAACAGAGAAUCCUUGGAGAGGUUCCAAGAAGAUCAAAGCAGUUUACGUGAUCUAAUACUUGGUAAAGAAAGGGAAUUGGAGCUGCUGACACAGGAAUUGGAUGACAAAGUCCGCUUUGGUCAGAAAGCCAUAGAAAGGCCAGGUUCUGAAUCAGGUAGGGAUUCUGGGUUUCCUGAAAGAAGACCUCCUUCUCAGUCGGGGGUGUUUGAUGAUUCCAGAAGUAUGGAGGUCAUGGGGAGGCCUCGAUCACAUGGCACUGGGGAUAUGCAGACAAGGCAUGAUAGAAGAGCAUACCAUGAUGGUUGGGAAAUAGGAUAUUUUGGCAACAGGGGCAUGGACAGGUCGAAGGAGAGACGGUGAGCUCCAGUUGGUAUGGUUUUUGAGUUUUCCACUUUUGGCGACAAGAACUGAUAUUUUGUUUCUUUUUUCCCCUCUUGAUUUGUGGAGGAAUGGGUUUUAGGGUUAUUUUAGGCACAGGAAUUCAGUCUCUGAUCUAUUGUUACAAUUUUGAAGCUCUGUAAAAAUUUGAACAUUUCCUCCUCCCGUUUUUUGUAUGUCUUGAAAAAGGACCUUUUAAGUUUAUUGUUCUUGCAGUGAGACUUUUGAUAGUAAGGUACUGGAACAAUUUUGAUCUCUCUCUAAGACUUGUAAUUAUAGAAUACUGCAACAAUUUUGCGCUC